UCUCAGGUCAUCAUCUAGUUUGUAACGAUUGGCUGAAUAAAUUAUUUCAAAUGCUUAUUCAGUUAUUAAUCAUCCAAUUUCAUGUAAAUAAUGCAGUCCCCCACCCAUUUUCGCGUAUAAACCUAUAUAAUCGACUCUUUUUUCUACUUCUUUUUUUUUUGCAUGUAUUUGUUUUCCAAAGUUUUUACUUUUAAACACACCUUUUCCAAACAAGUAUCAACAACAACUUUUAGUCUAUUUAAACACACCAUGUCUACUACUGCUUCUUCUGAUAACAAGCCUGCUAUUCUUAACUGGGCAUCCAAGGAUGGUGAAUUCAGACGCCAACAAUCCACUUUCCGUGAUACUAUUGUAGAUGAUGCAUCUGCACAAUUUGCUGCUGAACCUGAUCGUUACCAUCUUUAUAUUUCUUGGGCCUGUCCUUGGGCACAUCGUACUGCUCUUGUGCGUAAACUCAAGGGUUUGGAUAGCUUAAUUGGUCUUUCUGUAGUGGAUUACUUGAUGUUGGACAAAGGAUGGAAGUUUUCCAGCUCAGAAGAGUGUCCUGGUGCUAUUCCCGAUACCGUGAAUGGAGCUCAACAUGUACGCGAUCUUUACUUUAAGGUGAACCCCAACUACGAAGGUCGAUUCACUGUUCCCCUCUUGUGGGACAAGAAGACCGAAACCAUUGUGAAUAACGAGAGUUCGGAAAUCAUUCGCAUGUUUAAUACUGCUUUUAACAAGUACUUGACAAAGGAGCAAGCAGCUAUCAACUAUUAUCCUGAAGACUUGCGUGAAGAGAUUGACGAAAAGAAUGAAUGGAUCUAUGAUACCAUUAACAAUGGUGUAUACAAGUCUGGUUUUGCUACCACACAAGAAGCAUACGAAAAGAACGUGUACCCAUUAUUCAAAUCUUUGGACCGUGUGGAGAAAUUACUCGAGGGUAAGAAAUACUUGGUGCAAGACACUUUCACCGAGGCAGAUAUCCGUUUGUUUACGACUAUUGUGCGAUUUGACCCUGUUUACUUUGGUCACUUCAAAUGUAACUUGAAAUCCAUUGAGUUUGGUUACCCCAAUAUUUUGGAAUGGACCCGUCGUAUUUAUCAAAAGGCUGGUGUCAAGGAAACGGUUAAUAUGGAGCAUAUUAAGGGUCAUUACUACAAGUCCCAUCGUCAAAUUAAUCCUACUCAAGUGGUGCCUGUUGGCAACGGACCCGACCUCCUCGUUCAUGUUGACCAAUAAAAUAAAAUAAAUGUUUGUGUAACGCACGUCGCAGAGAGUUAAAUAUAUAUAAAAGAGAGACAAAAGUGAGGACGUAAUCGUUUCAGCAAUAAAUAAUAAAAAAAAAUUAUGAACUAAGUUUUUUUUAUUUUUUCUUGUUUUAUAAGAGAAGAAAAAGAGGUGGGGGGUUAUCUUUAUUUACACGCCUUCCAUUUGGCCUUCCAACUCAUCCAUCUCAGCCUUGGCUUCUUGGUAUUUGGCAUCCAAAUCAGCGUUCUUCUUGUCCCAAACAGCGAUUUCUUGUUGAAUCUUGACAGCCUUCUUACCAAGUUGUUCAGCACGUAAAUCAGCCUCACGGAAACUAAUAAAAAAGGGGUUGAAAUCUAUUA